AUGUCCCGGACCCUGCAUAGUCGAGGAGGGGACGAGUUCACGCCCUCUGAGGGUCUACACCCCGCUGUUUACUAUACGGCUAUCGCUCGCUUCCUCGCUUGCUUCUCGCUGUGGACUGUGUACCUGCCGAAGCAUCCUCUGGCGACCUUCUUCGUUGAGGCGCACGACUUCGUUCAUAAUGCUGGAGCGAUCCUCUACCGUCGUGUCAAGGCUCCUGCACCGGCUGCAGAUGGCGCGGCGAUCCCACCUGCCCCGGCUGCUGUGCCUGAUGACGCAGGACGCCCCCCGGCAUCUGUGGUACACAUCCCUGGUUUGCGCGCUCUCGUCGACUCGUCUCAUGAGCACUUCAUUCCUCCGCCUGCGCAGCGAAAUGUGACUCCUCUUGUCAUGCGCGUCUUCCCUCGCCAUGUGCAUGCUCGCGCUGCGCUGACCGAUCAGCAGCGUGAUAUCCUCACCUUGCACAGCCGCAGGACACACUCGCUCAAGUCGCAGGAUAGGGUCUUGCAGUCUACCAUCUUCGCUCAUUUUCCUGAGCGAGACCUGAGCCACUCUCCGAUGCGAGUCUCGAGCUACUACCCCCUCAAGGCCUUCCCGCACCGCUAUGCUCAGAUGCUCGACUGCUAUCUCCAUGGCAUGCCGAUCUGCCAGUGUCCGACGGAAUGUGAUGGAUGUCAGCGCGAGCUCGAUCCCUCCGUUGCUGCACAUCAUCUCCAGACCUGCAAACGCCGAUUCUCCAAGCUUCCCACGGCGCAUGACAACCUUACUCGUACGAUUCGGUCGAUGCUGAACGAAGCUGGUCUUCAGAGCGUCAUCGAUACAGUGGGGGAUCCUCGUUCUCGACGGCAGGUACCCUCCCAUCCUCAUGGCCGCAAGAUGAAGGGCGAUAUCCACAUUCCUGGAAUCCGCGAUCGAGGGUCCGAGCAGUACGAGGGCUUGAUGGCGGACGUGACGUUGGUCCACCGUUACAUUGGUAGCUCUGCCGACCUGACCAAGUGGGGGGAGGUCAACCUCGACGCCCUCCAUGUUGCAGCGUCUGAGAAAAUUCGCAAACACCGCGCUGCAUAUGCCAUGACUACUCCUCCUCGAGCGUUCAUCCCUCUUGCCAUCUCGACGGACGGUACCCUGCAUCCUGACACCCUCCGCUUCAUCUGGUAUUUGGCGGACAUCAUUGCUCAGCGCUCAAUGCCCCAGGAUGCGGCGUUUGGUCGGCACUUCGUGCCUGAUGACGGACCUGCUGCUGAGGUCUUGGCUCGCAAACGCGCCGCCACCUAUCAGCGCCUCACCAUGCAGCUUACGCUGGAAGCGCUCUUGUCUGGUGCGAGGCGCAUGACGCCCUUGCGGGCGCAAGCACUUCUCGAGCCAGAGGACAGCUCCUCCUCGGACUUUGUCGAGUCGCCCGAGGAGUCUUCGCCGGAGGUCUCCGACUCCGAUGGGGGACACCCUUCGAGUGGCGCCGACGAUCGGCGCGGAGCUGGCGAGGCGUCUCCGUCCCUCACUGUGACGUCGGGUGCCUCCGGAGAGCUCGACACCACUGGGGUGCUUGCUGCUGGUCCGAGCUCGCCUGCUUCCUCCCCGGCAUCGGUCGGGUCACGCCGGUCCUUGGGCAUUGCCGCGGCGUCCGAGUCGCCGCCGUCACGGGCGGCUACCACUGACUUGGCUACCGCUGACUCGGAGGCUAGCGAGGAGGACUACCUCGAGCGGUACCGUGUUCAUGUGUCCAGCCUCCCUCCGUCCGCUGCCCCAGGCGGACACCCGGGCAACGCCGGCUCCUUGUCGGCGGCUGCCCUUUCUCCCUCCGCGGCCGCCCGCUUUGUGGCGGCAGCGGACGUCUCGACUGACAGUGGUCAGUCGGCUGCCUCCGGCGGCUGCUUGUCUGCGCGGCUUCGCGCUUGGGCUGGCGCUGCCGCGUCUGGCUUCUCGCUGUGGACUGUGUACCUGCCGGUUCAGCUUGUUCCUGCUUUGUUUUGCUUGAGGCACUUUUUAUCUUCUGCCAGUAAAUCCUAUAUCUUCCCGACAUCUGUGGUACACAUCCCUGGUUUGCGCGCUCUCGUCGACUCGCCUCAUGAGCACUUCAUUCCUCCCCCUGCGCAGCGAAAUGUGACCCCUCUUGUCAUGCGCGUCUUCCCUCGACGUUCACUGCUCGAGAUCUCCGGAGUCCGUGCCCAGAAGCAUCCUCUGGCGACCUUCUUCGUUCAGGUGCACGACUUCGUUCAUAAUGCUGGAGCGAUCCUCUACCGUCGUGUCAAGGCUCCUGCACCGGCUGCAGAUGGCGCGGCGAUCCCACCUGCCCCGGCUGCUGUGCCUGAUGACGCAGGACGCCCCCCGGCAUCUGUGGUACACAUCCCUGGUUUGCGCGCUCUCGUCGACUCGUCUCAUGAGCACUUCAUUCCUCCGCCUGCGCAGCGAAAUGUGACUCCUCUUGUCAUGCGCGUCUUCCCUCGCCAUGUGCAUGCUCGCGCUGCGCUGACCGAUCAGCAGCGUGAUAUCCUCACCUUGCACAGCCGCAGGACACACUCGCUCAAGUCGCAGGAUAGGGUCUUGCAGUCUACCAUCUUCGCUCAUUUUCCUGAGCGUGACCUGAGCCACUCUCCGAUGCGAGUCUCGAGCUACUACCCCCUCAAGGCCUUCCCGCACCGCUAUAUUUCCCGCACCGCUAUGCUCAGAUGCUCGACUGCUAUCUCCAUGGCAUGCCAAUCUGCCAGUGUCCGACGGAAUGUGAUGGAUGUCAGCGCGAGCUCAAUCCCUCCGUUGCUGCACAUCAUCUCCAGACCUGCAAACGCCGAUCCUCCAAGCUUCCCGGCACGGCGCAUGACAACCUUACUCGUACGAGCGUCAUCGAUACAGUGGGGGAUCCUCGUUCUCGACGGCAGGUACCCUCUCAUCCUCAUGGCCGCAAGAUGA